UGUUAUGAAAUCAGAAUUUGUUGUAGACAAUGGUUGUAUAGUGUCGACUUCUCGUUUCAUUUACAGAUGUUGGCUGUUGCUGUGAAUUACUGAAUUGUUGUGAGUUAUUGCAAGUAGUAACGAUGUUAAAACAACAUGGUUGAAAAACUUGAAAUUAGAAGACCAGACUUUUUCUAAAUCAUCAUCAUUCAUCAAAUAGUUACACAUCGAAUGCUGUAUUAUCUGGAGCCACUAACGUAUCCAGCCCGAAAAUUUGGUCCCACUAUAAAUUCUACCAUUAAAUUGAUUGCUUGUAUUUGUAUCAAUGAAGAAAUCAAAGGAGACGAGCGAACGUUCCAAGAGUUUGCAACAACUCAAUUCAGGAAAUUCCGAAGGCGAACAUUACAGAUCAGAGGAUGACGUCAGCGAAGUGGAUGAGACUGGUGACGAGGAGGAAGAGACUUCGCGGAAAUACGAUGAAGAGGAAAGUGAAUUUGAAAGCGAAGAUGAAGAUGAAGUUUAUAAAGUACGUGUACUGAGUGACUUUGUUGGUGAAUAUAAAGAUGAUCUCGACAUUAAGGAGGGAGAUAUUUUAACGAUCAAGGAAAGAAGAGAGGAUGGUUGGUGGCUUGCUGAAGACGCUCAUGGUAAUAUUGGAGUUGUUCCGAAAACUUUGGUUGAGAGAAUUCGUAGCAAAACACAAUCUAAAAAGACAGGAGAGAGUGAAUUAGAAAAAGCCGACGUUUCGUCGUCACCUAAUAAAACAGAUAAAAAGGAUUCGAGAAGUGGUACAGAACUCUGGCAAAUAAUGAAAGAUGGAAACGCUGAUAAGAAAACCAGUGUCACUAACGUUUUGAAAGCAAUGGGAGCAAUGCCGGCUGGAUUUCGUCAACCAACGUUAGGAAAACUAGUUAAGCAAGAGGAUUAUGGGAUCGGAUCAUGGGUCUAUCCUAAACUCACUCAAUCACAUCUCGCGUUUCGAGAUUUACACUGGGAUCCUGUUGAGAGUAAGUUGAGAAAUUUUCCCGUAAGAAUAAGUCGAUUUUGCUCAAUUGUGUCAGCAAAAAUGGUUCCCAAGGUUGGCACAGGUGUCGACGUCAUCUCUCGUCAAAUACACGUUGCAUUAUGGGACAGCAAACAGGUCCUUAGUAACGUUCACACGAUAAAAACUGUGACUGCUGAGAAAGAUUUGAUGCAUUGGAAUGUUAUCAAGAAUCCUCGAUUAAGUAGUUUUGAUGGGGAUAUCUUGGUUCGAUCUAACUCUGAACUUGCCAACAUUGGGAUUCUGUUCGAGUUGACUGUCAGUUUUGUUCGUCAAAAAACUGGUGAAGAAAGUGAAGUUAGUUGUGGAUGGUGUGUCUUGAAGUUGUUUCAAGAAACAGGAGCACCGACAGAAAACAACAACUUUGAGCUUCUCCUUAAUGGUGGUACUCCGUAUGAUCAUGGCGUCCAACUGGAACCUUCUGCUAAUGCUAGAGUUGGAGGGUUGAUGCAGUCAUUAAUCAAAGCUAAUCGUCAACCAAGAUUGACAGUAAAACUGGCUCCUAUCACGAAACCAAAAAAAGAUAUGUGCGACCUAUUGCCUGAGACGCUCGUCGCACCCAUGCAAUAUACACCAUUGAUUGCACAGUACAGAGAACUUUUAGCAGAUGAAUUUGUCCAAAAUAUUGACUGCAUUAAUCAGACUGAUUUAGUUUCUGAUCCUGUACUCAGUACAUUUCCAAAAGCCGUAUCCCAGUUUGAUCUCAUGGAUGCCUUGAAGGUAUCGUGGGAUGACGGAUCAAAAAAAUCAAUACGACAGUCAAUGAGGCAUCGGGAUCGACAGGAAAGGAAAAAGUUUUUUCGUACCAUAUACAUGAAUACUGUAUUUCCGUUAUUGAAAUUGAUCAAUCUUCCUUCGCUUGCAUCACGUCAAUCUUCUUAUGAACAGGAGAGAGGGAAAUUCAUCCAAGAUUUCUUGUCGAGGAGAGACGCUGUCAGUGAACUUUUGUCGGAUAAGUUCAACUACAAACCUUUUAACUUAAAUAGGAUGAGUUUUGAUGUUUUGUCGCGUCAUUGCGUUACAAGGGAGACUUCCAUCGAUUGAUGACAAGGAUGUCACACACAAAAUGUUUGAUUUGGGGAAAUUUGCUAGACAGGUCCAACUGACUUGGAAAUGAACUACAUCAAAACAUCAGUGUAUAAUAUACAUGUAUAAAUAUUCAACGCCGCGGUAGGCCGCUCCCCCCUUUCGUUCAAUGUAUUAAAUACAUAAACACCACUUUACAUAAACACCAAUUGUUGCUCUUACUUAUAUAAA